AUGGAGAAGACAGAAUCGCCCGUUGUUGAUGCUCUCGUGGAGAAUCCCACCGAUGCACAACCGCGGCCGGAGGUACCACCGCAGCCACAACAAGCAGAUCCCACAGGCUUUGACUUGGUCAAAGAAGGCUUCCGGAGAAUUCUGCAGCCUCGCAAUCUGGUCGGAUUUCUCUGGCUUGGUCCGUCAAUCGCUAUCCUGGUCCUCAACUUCCGAGGCCACAUUAUCGGCGCUGGCCUCAACUGCGGCUCACACUGUCGCAUCGAUCCAUAUUCCACCAGCCAGAUCGAGCAGAUUGACCGUCUGGAUGGCACAAACCGUGAUGUCCUGGGCGCUCUGCAGUUCGUGGCUAAGGGGCUCGAAGUCUGGUUCAUGUAUGUGGCUGCCGGGUUCAUCUACCGAAUUGCACUCCAUCUAUCUGCAAAAGACAACCGGCUUCCAGUCAGCUUGUUGUUGGUAUACGCAGAGUUCAUGGACCUUCUCUAUCUCAAAGACCUAGCUGUCAAGGCGAGGGAUCUAGCCAUGGAGAAGAACCAGACUACGACGAAUCCAACAUCGACGAGCAAGAUAUCAAGACCGGCCAUUCUAUACGUUUUCAUGUUUGCUGCCGCUUGCUUGUGUGUGAUAGCCAACCUGAUGGGCGUUGCAACUGCCACUCUUAUCAUUCCAGGGCUACAGUGGAUAGACAUCAACAAGGACGAGUCUCUCGCAUUCGGGGAGAUGCUCUCGGCCGAGGCACCUCAGGACGACAACAUCGCACGCUGUCGAGCGGGCCAGCUGGCGGACGGGGCCUAUAGUUGCACUGACAAUCUAUACGGGGCCAGCCUCGAUGAGUUGGUCGAAGCAGCCGUCGCAAGCGAGAGACAGUUCGAGGGACGGCAAGCAGUGCUGCUCCCCCCGGUAUCCCAAGAGGCCAAUCUGACAUUUAGUGCCAAUGUCUCUCAGUCUGCAGCCAUUCAAUGGGCCCCAAAUAGACAGCUCCUACGCGGAUUCUCAGCCGACUUGGCUGACUAUUAUGUUGCAACUACCUCGAAUACUGGCUUGAACGACAGCUAUCCCGAUUCCCAUCGCUUCAACCAGUCACUCCAAGCUCAGUUACAACGAGUUGGUCCCACUGUUGGGCUGGCCGGAAGCUGCUGGAUAUACCAAGGACCAGAUAUUUUCAAUGUCUCCUCAAACAGGGAAAUCCGUUGCUACCAAGGGGCGUCUCUCCUCAACGGCACAACAGCGACCAAGUGUAUACGCUGGGGGUCAGGAUGGAACGACAAUUCGACCUCAGCCUCAUUUACCAUCUUGGACUCGGCGGCUCAGCUAUAUGACAUGGACGUAUCGAUCUACACCACCCCAGCGGCCCGAUACCUCCGUGACCAGUCCUGCCUAAGACAAGACUCCUGCGACUGGGACCAACUCUUCGCCGACCCGCCAGACUCACUAUUCCGCAAUAUCUCCAGCAGCCAACAGACAUACGAGUACUCAAUGCCUCAAUACACCAACGACACCGCAAUAUGGUGCGACAACACCGCCUUCCUCAGCUUCGCCUCCUACGCCCUCAAUCCAUCUCCCGUCUCCAACCUGCUCCAACUAGUCCAGCUCGGCGUCUUACAGGACGACCCAGGCUCUGACGAGAACACCAAUGGUGCCGCCACUAUAUCCAUCCACCCAUCCUGGACACUAGCCGCAUGGUCCGCAAACGCCACCGAUGGCAUUGUCCCAGGCACCCGCGGCUCAAGCACACGGUUCAUCGACGCCUUCCAACGCUUCAUAUCCUCGCCCGCCGACAACUCCCUCCGCUUCAAUCUCAUCCACUCCUACACACUCCUCCAAGCCGUCUCCCUAAUCCCAUACACAACGCGAAGCAUCUCAACAGUCGGAGACGCAGACCGGAACGCCCAGCAGGAGCGCGAAGCAGACAAGCCAUACACGCAAGCAACUCUAACAUCGUGGGCAACAGUGCAGUUAUGGAAAUUCGGCAUCGACUCCCGAACAAAGACGCUGGGUGUGGUGAUUUUCAUUAUCGGUAUGGUUGUUGUGUUUGCUACCACGGUGCUGUGGUUUGAGUCGCCCAAGUCGCCGACGAGUAUUGUUGUUACGGCGCUGAUGCAUCCCGCGCCUUCUGAUGGGGUGGUCAGGGAUGCCGAGUCUGGGGCGCCGCUUACGGCGAGGUUGAGGUAUCAGGUUAUGCAGGGGCAGGCAAACGGGGAUGAGACUGGGACUGGGAAUGGAGGACAGUCAGAGAGGGUUAAACCGCGUCGGGCUGUUUCCUUUGCCUUCAGCCAUCGGUCGACAUCUUAA